CACAGGUCCCCAGUUGUAAGCCACAAUGUCGCAAAGAGAUGCAGAUAAGUACCUUUAUGUGGACAAAAACAUCAUUAAUAACCCCCUGACUCAGGCUGACUGGGCAGCCAAGAAGCUGGUAUGGGUUCCCUCAGAGAAGAAUGGGUUCGAGGCAGCUAGCCUGAAGGAAGAAGUAGGAGAUGAAGCCAUCGUGGAACUGGCAGAGAAUGGGAAGAAAGUGAAAGUAAAUAAGGAUGACAUCCAGAAGAUGAACCCUCCCAAAUUCUCUAAAGUAGAAGAUAUGGCAGAGUUGACAUGCCUGAAUGAGGCUUCUGUGCUUCACAACUUGAAGGAGAGAUACUACUCAGGACUGAUCUAUACCUACUCAGGCCUGUUCUGUGUGGUAAUCAAUCCUUACAAGAACCUGCCCAUAUACUCAGAAGAAAUAGUGGAGAUGUACAAAGGCAAAAAGAGACAUGAGAUGCCCCCUCAUAUCUAUGCCAUCACAGACACAGCCUACAGGAGUAUGAUGCAAGAUCGAGAGGAUCAGUCCAUCCUUUGCACAGGUGAAUCAGGAGCUGGUAAAACAGAGAACACCAAGAAGGUCAUUCAGUAUCUGGCUCAUGUUGCUUCCUCACACAAGUCUAAAAAAGACCAGGGAGAACUGGAGAGACAGUUGCUCCAAGCUAAUCCCAUCCUGGAGGCCUUCGGAAAUGCCAAGACAGUAAAAAAUGACAACUCCUCAAGAUUUGGCAAAUUCAUCAGAAUCAACUUUGAUGUCAACGGUUACAUUGUUGGAGCCAAUAUCGAGACUUAUCUGCUGGAGAAGUCACGUGCAAUUCGCCAGGCCAAAGAUGAGAGAACCUUCCACAUCUUUUACUACCUGCUCUCUGGGGCAGGGGAGCAUUUGAAGAAUGAUCUGCUGCUUGAGCCUUACAACAAAUACCGCUUCCUCUCCAACGGGCAUGUCACCAUCCCAGGGCAGCAAGACAAAGACAUGUUUCUGGAGACCAUGGAGGCAAUGAAGAUCAUGGGCAUCCCUGAUGAAGAGCAGAUAGGUCUGCUGAAGGUUAUCUCAGGUGUUCUUCAACUUGGCAACAUAGCCUUCAAGAAGGAGCGUAACACAGACCAAGCCUCUAUGCCAGACAACACAGCUGCUCAGAAAGUGUCUCACCUUUUGGGUAUCAAUGUGACAGAUUUCACUAGAGGUAUCCUAACUCCUCGCAUCAAAGUUGGACGAGAUUAUGUCCAGAAAGCUCAGACCAAAGAGCAGGCUGAUUUUGCCAUCGAAGCUUUGGCUAAAGCCACUUACGAGCGCAUGUUCCGGUGGCUGGUUAUGCGUAUCAACAAGGCAUUGGAUAAGACCAAGCGACAGGGAGCAUCCUUCAUUGGAAUCCUUGAUAUUGCUGGCUUUGAGAUUUUUGAGCUGAACUCCUUUGAGCAGUUGUGUAUUAACUACACAAAUGAGAAGUUGCAGCAGCUCUUUAAUCACACCAUGUUCAUCCUGGAGCAAGAGGAGUACCAGAGGGAGGGCAUAGAGUGGAAUUUCAUUGACUUUGGCCUGGAUCUGCAGCCCUGCAUUGACCUCAUAGAGAAGCCGGCUGGGCCUCCUGGUAUCCUGGCCCUGCUGGAUGAAGAGUGCUGGUUCCCAAAAGCAACAGACAAAAGCUUUGUGGAGAAAGUUGUACAAGAACAAGGCACUCACCCCAAAUUUCAGAAGCCCAAACAGCUGAAAGACAAAGCUGACUUCUGUAUCAUACAUUAUGCUGGCAAGGUAAAGAAUUAGUAGCUGA